UGUCAAACAGUAAUUAUUUGUCCUUUUUGGCAGCAGUGUUGCUUUCAACACUUUUUUUUUGUUUUUUAGAUUUUCUAGGAAAUCCUAAAUAUUUGAUGGCACUUGGCAACCCUUUGCCCAAAGUCUAAGCCUUGCCAAAAAUACACGUGAAAAUGCUAAUUUGCGGCGAGAAAACGAAAAGUUUGAGAUUAAAUAACAAUUAAGUUGAGUGCUGGAGAAAAAGAAAAAGAGGAUCAUACACAAACGAUGGCACUGAGGGCGUAUCUAAGGGAGGGCCUGAACGUGGCGGCCAUAAUGGGAUUGGGCGACACAGGGGCCCAGCUGUUCAUCGAAAACAAGGACCUCGAUGACUGGGACGCCGGCCGAACGCUGAGAUUUAGCGCCUUGGGCUUUGUGUUCGUCGCACCGGUGGUACGUCGUUGGUACCUUUUUCUGGAGAAAAAGGUGCCCAAGGAGCUGCCGGCGAUGCAGCGCGGCGUACGCAAGAUGCUGACAGAUCAGGUCCUAUUCGCGCCGCCUUUCACAUUGGCCAUGUCCUGUUUGGUGCCGCUGGUCAACGGGGAGUCCAUGGAUCAGGUCAAGAGUCGCAUUCGCGAUAGCUACUUCACCAUUCUCGGACGCAACUACAUGCUCUGGCCGAUGGCGCAGGUGAUUAACUUCUCCUUCGUGCCGCUCUCCUACCAGGUGUUGUAUGUCCAGGUCAUUGCGCUCAUUUGGAACAGCUACGUGUCCAUGAUGCUCAACAAGAAGCAGUCAGAAAAGAAGCCCUGACUUUAAAUAAAAUCGAAAUUAUAGCCUUACAUAUGAA